AAAAAUCAUAGUGCAAUCAGCUCGGUUAAAUAGAUAAGUAGAAUUCUUCUUUUAAUGUAAAAAUUGUAUUGGCUCUAUAGAACGGUAACAUCUAGAAACUUGCUUGUACAGUUGGAGGGAUUGAGAGGAAGCAAACGAAGCCGAACAAGACCUUUUAAGAAUCCGUGUGAUUGUACUCCGAAAACGCUCCGGUUGAUUUGAAGUUGAAAUUGUAAGUAUGUCAGAGAUACAGAUAGCCAGCAGGGCAGGGGAGAAGACGGGGGGAUAUGAGCAGAUGAAGCUGUUUAUAAAGAAGGAGUCCAACUCGUCAUUUAUAUCGGGAGGAGUUGCUGGAGCAGUCUCAAGAACUGUUGUAUCACCAUUUGAGAGAGCCAAAAUCUUAUUACAAUUACAAGGACCUGGUCAGCAACACGCGUAUCAAGGAAUGCUUCCUACGAUUGCGAAAAUGUAUAAAGAUGAAGGAUGGAAAGGGUUAUUCAGAGGAAAUACCUUAAAUUGUAUAAGAAUAUUUCCGUAUUCGGCGGUUCAGUUCAUGGUAUUUGAAGAGUGUAAAGAGUAUCUUAUAUCCAGAAAGUCACCAGACAAUAAGGAGCUAUAUGCAUCAGAAAGGUUGUUAGCUGGUUCAAUUGGAGGUAUUAUAUCUGUUUUAGUAACAUAUCCAUUAGAUUUGAUUAGGGCUCGUAUUACCAUUCAAACUGCAUCGUUGAAAAAAUUAAAUAAAGGGAGGUUGGUGAAGGCUCCAGGGGUCUGGGAAACAUUCACCACAGUUUAUCAAAAUGAAGGUGGAUUCUUAGCAUUAUAUAGAGGUAUUAUACCAACUACAAUGGGUGUUGCUCCCUACGUGGCUAUUAAUUUUGCAUUAUACGAAAAACUAAGAGAUUACAUGGAUAAAUCCCCCCAAGACUUUAGUAAUCCAAUCUGGAAACUACUGGCUGGUGCCUUCAGUAGUUUUAUCGGGGGCGUACUCAUUUAUCCCUUGGAUUUAUUAAGGAAAAGGUACCAGGUUGCCAGUAUGGCUGGGGGCGAGUUGGGUUUCCAAUACCGCUCGGUCUCGCAUGCCUUGGUGCUGAUCUUCACCAGCGAAGGGUUCUUUGGUGCUUAUAAAGGCUUAACUGCUAAUCUAUAUAAAAUCGUUCCUUCCAUGGCCGUCAGCUGGUUGUGUUACGACAGCUUGAAAGACGCCAUUGCAAAAUGGUAGCCCAUCCUCCCCUUUAUACAACCUCUGUACAACCUUCUCUAUUGUAUAACUAUAUAUUCAUUAAUUUAGAUGAACUCUACAAAUCAGGUUGCAAAAU